CGUCGUAUCGCCGAUUCCGGCCGGACGUCAUUCGUCAGAUGAACCAAUAUUUCUAGUCGCGUUGCCAUCUCAUCACUCGAUGCAUUUGCGACUGAGACAAAGAUGAACAUCGCCCGAGGCACGUCUUUCCUCUGCCAGACGUGCCGUCACUCCGUCCAUGGCGCUCUCAAGAGGAGAUCGCCCGCUAGCUAUGCCAUCCAGCAGAGAUAUAGCACGGGCACGCGAGAGCGUCCGUUGCACCUUGCAGUCAUCGGAUCGGGUCCGGCUGGCUAUUACACCGCAUAUCGAUUGAUGAAGAAACUGCCCGAUGUCCACAUCGACAUGUUUGAACAGCUGCCCGUCCCGUAUGGCUUGGUGAGGUUUGGUGUAGCUCCUGAUCACCCAGAAGUCAAAAAAUCCGCAGAAACGCUGGAAGACGUAGGCAAAUGGCCAAACUUCAACUUCGCCGGCAACGUGCAAAUUGGGAGCGGUGCAGGCGAAUUGCCGCUGACAUCUAUUGCGCCACACUACGACGCCGUGGUAUUUGCUUACGGCGCAUCGAGAGACCGCCGGCUAGGUAUUCCCGGCGAAGAUCUAAAGGGAGUCAUCUCCGCCCGGACGUUUGUGGGGUGGUACAAUGGCCUUCCCGAGUUCGCGGACCUCAAGCCUGAUUUGCAGUCAGGGGACACGGCGGUGAUUAUUGGACAGGGUAACGUGGCGAUCGAUGUUGCGCGUUUCCUCCUUUCUCCAAUCGACAAUUUGAGGAAUACGGAUGUUGCUGAGCACGCGCUGGAAGCGUUGAAGCACAGCCGCAUCCAAGAUGUGAAGAUCAUUGGACGACGGGGUCCAUUACAAGCCCCAUACACCAUCAAAGAGCUCCGCGAGCUGCUUCAGUUACUCGGUGUGGGCUUCGCACCUCCACCCGAAGGAUGGAACGACCUGAUCCAAAUCGAGCGCAAGAAGCUCCCGCGGCAAUUGAAACGAAUAGCAGAGCUUCUGGAACGGGGCUCCCCAACACCGAUGGACCAAGCGACAAAGGCAUGGCAGCUGGGCUACCUGCGCUCUCCUACGGAAUUCCUUUCAUCGACAGGAGAUCAGCUAGAGGCCGUCGGCUUCGAGCAAACCGAAUACGCAUCCGACAUGUCCUCCGUCCUCACCAGCGAUCCCCAGCAAAACCUGAACGCCAUACGCGCGAUCAAAGUCAAAGGCACGGGCAAGAAGACACUUCUCCACGCCAACGUCGCUUUCCGCUCGGUGGGGUACCAAGCCGCACCUCUGCCGGGCUUCAACGAGCUAGGUAUCCCCUUUGACGAGAACACCGGCAUCAUCCCCAACGACAUGCACGGUCGCAUUUUGUCUCCUGAUCGUGGCCCGGGCGGCUCACUAACAGCCGGCCACGUGCCGGGCAUGUACUGCGCGGGCUGGGUGAAACGAGGCCCCACGGGCGUGAUUGCGAGCACGCUCGACGACGCAUUCCACACCGCGGACAUCAUUAUGCAAGAUUGGGAGAGCGGAGUCAAGUUCCACGAGGGCGAGGGGCAACGCAAAGGAGGCUUUGAAGCGGUGCAGCGCGAGAUGAAGGAUCGAGGUGUGCGGGUCGUGAGCUGGCCGGCUUGGUUGAAGAUUGAUGCCGAGGAGAAGCAGAGGGGAAAAGCGAAGGGUAAAGAGCGGGAGAAGAUUCGGAGUGUUGAGGAGAUGUUGAGGAUUGCUGAUGUUUAG